UAUUAAAGGCGCAGAAAGGGCAAAAUAUUUUCAGUUCUAUUUGGUUUCAAAGCUGCGUUUUCUCCGUAUUACACAAAUUGAAAAGAGAGCUUUGACGCCGACGCAACAAUGGCGGACGAUGAUUAUGAUAUGGACGGAGGAUACGUGGACGAGCCAAUGGAUCCUGAACCUGAUGAAGGAGCAGAGAUUGAAGAAGAUAAUGGCAACAAUGAGGACAUACCAGAUCCCCUGAUGGGUGAAGGUGAGGAAAAACCAGAGCAGCAAGAGCCUGUGGAACGACCUCGUAAGACAUCAAAGUUUAUGACAAAAUAUGAACGUGCAAGAAUCCUGGGCACUCGUGCACUCCAGAUCAGUAUGAAUGCACCUGUGAUGGUUGAGUUGGAAGGAGAAACUGACCCACUUGAGAUUGCAAUGAAAGAGCUCCGAGAGAGGAAGAUACCAUUCACAAUUCGCCGUUACUUGCCUGAUGGAAGUUAUGAAGAUUGGGGAGUCGAUGAAUUGAUUGUUGAGGAUUCAUGGAAGAGACAAGUCGGAGGAACUUGACAGCUGAAGUGCCUCUUUGCUUGUUGCUGCAGACUUAUUAGGAAUGUUAUCUGUCGUUUCUGGUUGUCGUACUCUGCUGAAUUGUUGCUGACUUAAUAUUACCAAUGCUAUGAAUAUAUUUUGGAAAACUCAA